AUGACAUCCCGGACGUUGAGAAGAAGGCUCCACCAUGGAGAUGUUGACGGUAGAAGAAACGAGAAUUUGGAGACAUCACGAUUUGAUUCUUUAGACGAGCCAUUACUCGGAAAUAGAGACUAUGAUGACUUGCACUCAGAGGGCCAUUCCCUUGGUGAAAUUUUGGAUGAUGGGCGGCGUAAAGAAAACUUGCAUUGGACAAUGCUUUUUUCGCAUGUAAUUGCUCAAUGGGCUCAGUGGUUAGCAAAUAUUGUCCUUGGAUCUGGGUCAGUUAUUGGACGUCUUUUGCCAUUUGUAUCGGGCACUCAAAAUGGACCUAAUGGGAAGAUUUCUCCGCCUUCACUCAACCCCUUACAGCAACGGUCGCGAUCCAUUGGUUCGUAUAGAAUCCUUGUCCUAGGUGUAUGCCCCUACCCUUACCCCUGUUAUGGAGGUCGGGGAUGGACGUGGCAUGCUACCCCAAUAGCUAAUGAUUCUCCCCUAGGCGAGGGGCAGACAAAUAUUGUCCUUGGAUCUGGGUCAGUUAUUGGACGUCUUUUGCCAUUUGUAUCGGGCACUCAAAAUGGACCAAAUGGGAAGAUUUCUCCGCCUUCGCUCAACCCCUUACAGGAAGCAAGACUCAAAUAUCUGAAGCAAAGGCUGGCAGUUCCUUUUGACAGUUCUUCUUCUGAGCAUCAAGAUGCACUCAAACAAUUGUGGAGGUUAGCUUACCCUGGUAGAGAACUCCCAGCGCUGAAAUCAGAGCUUUGGAAAGAGAUGGGAUGGCAGGGAUCUGAUCCUUCAACAGAUUUCAGGGGUGGAGGAUUCGUAUCAUUGGAGAACCUUAUCUUCUUUGCCAUGACAUAUCCGGAAGCGUUUCAAAACUUGUUGCACAAGAGAGUUGGAGAUAGGUCGGAAUGGGAGUAUCCUUUCGCUGUAGCUGGUAUCAAUAUUUCUUUUAUGCUGGUGCAAAUGUUAGAUCUUCAAUCAGGAAAGCCAAAUACGAUAGCUGGAGUUCGAUUCCUGGAAUUAUUAGGGGAAGAUGAAAUGGCCUUUGACAACCUUUUCUGCAUUGCCUUCGAAAUGUUGGAUGCACAGUGGCUUGCAAAGCAUGCCUCGUACAUGCAAUUCAACGAAGUCCUCAAGUCUACGAGGGUGCAGCUAGAGCGCGAGCUUGCACUUGAUGAUGUCUACAAUAGCCCUGCAUCUUCAGGAAGUGUUGGAUCAGUUGAUGACAGUUCUCCUAAAUCUGUAUGUUCAUUUAACUUAUUGGACGUUACCUCAGAUUCAAAACAAUCAGUCAAGACUUCCCAUACCAAGUUGUCGUCUUUGCCUUCCGCAUCAGAACUUUCAGUAUCUGAGGACUCUGAUGAGUUGGAUCUUUUGAGUUCACCCUUAUCAUCAUCUCAAGGAUUACCGAGGCAAAAGUGGUGGAAAUCUGUAUAUUCAUUCAACUUCCUGGACGUUACCUCAGAUUCAAAACAAUCAGUCAGAACUUCCCAUACCAAGUUGUCGUCUUUGCCUUCCGCAUCAGAACUUUCAGUAUCUGAGAACUCUGAUGAGUUGGAUCUUUUGAGUUCACCCUUAUCAUCAUCUCAAGGAUUACCGAGGCAAAAGUGGUGGAAAAGUUCACCCUUACCAUCAUCUCAAGGAUUACCGAGGCGAAAGUGGUGGAAAUCUGUAUAUUCAUUCAACUUCCUGGACGUUACCUCGGAUUCAAAACAAUCAGCCAAGACUUCUCAUACCAAGUUGUCGUCUUUGCCUUCUGCAUCAGAACGUUCAGUAUCUGAGGACUUUGAUGGGUUGGAUCUUUUGAGUUCACCCUCAUCAUCAUCUCAAGGAUCACCGAGGCAAAAGUGGUGGAAAUGUGGAUUUUGA